AUGGCCUUCAGCAGUACAGAGAUCCAAGGCUCUCUCUUCUGUUUAAUAUUGUUUAUAUACCUCAGUACUUUGGUGGAAAACAUCCUCAUCAUUGUGAUCACUAUGGUAGAUGCUGCCCUUCACUCCCCCAUGUAUUUUUUCCUCAAGAAGUUGUCCUUCCUGGAGACUGCCUACACCACAAUCCCCAAGAUGCUAGUGAACUUCCUCACAAAAAGGAAGGGCGUAUCCUUCCUGGGCUGUGCCACACAGAUGUAUGCCUUCACCCUCUUAGGGAUCACAGAAUGUUUUCUGCUGGCCGCCAUGGCCUACGAUCGCUAUGUGGCCAUAUGCUGUCCCCUGCACUACACAACCAUGAUGAGCUGGAACAUGUGUCUCCUGCUUUCAGCUGUAUCUUGGCUUAUUGGGGUCUUGGUGGCCUUAGGGCAGACAACUUUCAUCUUUACCCUUCCAUAUUGUGGGCCCAACAGGAUCAAUCACUACUUCUGUGACCUGCCACCUCUGCUGAAGUUGGCUUGUGUGGACACCUACAAGAAUGAAAUCACCACCUACAUAAUAGCUGUCCUCUUCAUCAUGUCCCCUUUCCUACUCACAGUUGUGUCAUAUGUCCAGAUACUCCACACCAUCUUCAACAUGCCAUCAGCUAAGGGCAAGAGAAAAACGUUCUCCACCUGCUCAUCUCAUUUGGUCGUGGUCACUCUGUUUUACAGAUCUGGCAUUGUGACCUACUUGAGACCCAAAGCUUUUUAUUCAAGCGGCAGUAACAAACUGCUUUCUCUCUUUUACAGGCUGAUGUCUCCAAUGAUGAACCCCUUGAUUUACAGCUGGAGGAACAAAGAUGUGAAACAAGCCUUGAAAAGACUGAUAGCCAAAAAGAUAAAUAUGUGA